AUGGAGCCUCAGCCGGCUGAAGCUGCCGGCACAGCCCAGCUCCCGGCUAUGCUGGCCCGGGUCCGGCGGCCCCCGCACCCCCCCACCCUGCACAUGGUCAUCGAGGCCCUGCAGGCCCAGGACAAGAGGAAGGGCGCCUCUGUCAUCGCCAUCAAGCGUUUCAUCCUGGCCAAGUACCCUGCUGUGGACCCCAUUCGCCUCAAGUACUUGCUGAAGCAGGCGCUGAGCAAGGGGCUGAGCCGUGGAGACCUGGUGCGGCCCCACAACUCCUCCGCCAUGGGGGCCACUGGCCGCUUCAAGUUAGCCCCUGAGAAGCUGCGGCACAAGCAACUGCCGGGCCAGGUGGCUGCUGACGAAGGACAGGCCCCGAAGUCCCGAUGGAAAAGGACCACCAAACCCCCCCGGGCCCCUGCGGCGUGUGUGCAACAGCGAGGUGCCGCGGAGGAGAAGCCGACAGCAGCGAAGCAGAAGCGGAGGCCUGUUGUGCUCUCUCCCCUCCAGGCCCGGCCACCGGCAGCAGCGAAGCCCAUGAGCGACGGAGCGAAGCCCCCGCAGGCUGCCAGCCGCCCCAGGGCCCCCGGCAAAGGGCGUUCAGGGCCCCCCGCGGCUCCGGCUGCUGAGGAUGCAGGAGGGGGCGAUGGCCACAGCCCUGUGGGUGCUAGGGCAAAGGGGCCCCGAAAGGCUCCAGUGGGAAAUAGCAAGGGGGAGGCGCCCAAGGGGGCACAGCUAGACACCCGCAAGACAAAGGGGGGUCAAGGCAAGGCGAGGAAGCCCCGGGCAGCCCCAGGAUCUGGCCAGGGGGAGGCUGGGCUGCGGAAGGCAGCCCCCACCCCAGCAGGCAGGAAGGCCCCAUAG